AUGGAAACAUUCACCUACCCUUCUUACCAGGAUUUAACCUCCCUCUGCGACAUACCAGUCCCUGCACCAUUACCAGUUAGCCCUUUCUACCUCUCUUGGACCAUCCCCCUGUCGUUUAAUUUCACAUUCCCUGAGAUGGAACUACCUUCCCGGUGUCAGGAUAAUUUGAACUGCACCCCGAACAUGUUCACUGUUUCUGUAAUGGAGACGUUCACUGGAUCUGAGAAUCCCCCUCCGAAUAAACCAUCUCAGAUUCACCUCCCAGAAAAGUUUUAUGCGGAUAUGUCCGACCUCCCUCCUCUAACCAGCUCAUACAGAUCUCCCGUUCCUUCCCCGACCUCUUCACCUGCUAGCUCCCCGUCUACGACAAACCUAAACCUAAGUGAUCAGGCAAUCACUGCACAGUCCCUGUUCGAAGAAAAGCAGUACGCUGAGCUCAAGUCUUACCUUUCCGUCACCUACUUCCCUUCCUCAGACCACCCUCACCUCCAGAAACUCUACUACAACUCCCUCUACGAGCUCUAUAAGAUCUCUUCCGGCAAACGACACCUGAUGCCCACUACUAAGUAUCGAUUGAGGAAGUCUAACCCCCUUCCCUCCACCAUCUCUUCCGUGAAGUUCCAGAGCAACAACCACUUUGACGACAACGCAAGGUCCCUUCUACUAGCUGUCUUCAAAAGAGAGAGAACCCCUUCCCAGGAGACUAUCAGCUCUCUGAGAGAGAAUACUGGAUUGACUGAGAAGCAGAUCAGAAACUUCUUCAAGAACAAGAGAAGCAGAGCGUGA